AUGAAUAUGGAGGUCGGAUCAGAAAACAAAAAUAUGCCUCCUGACGAUUCAAAACUUGACAGUGGCUGUCCCGGAGCGACCUUCGAUUCUAUCGAGCAUGGAGAGACAGUCAUGGAAACCAACCUGAACCGUGAUUUCGGUGUUUGGGGAGUUCUGAGCGUAUCGUGGAACAUUGUGAAUAUUUUCGGAGGAACUUCCUACAUCUUCGUUGUUGGUUUCUCUGCAGGUGGAAUGCCUGCAAUAUUAUAUGGCUUCAUUGGUGCAUGCGUUGGCCUGAUCAGCGUCAUCGGCAUCCUCGCCGAGUGUGCUUCUAUCUUUCCCACUGCUGGUGGUGCCUACCACUUUUCGACCUUUUUAGCCCCAGAAAAGUAUCGCAGAUACAUCGGGUAUCCACUCGGCUGGCUCAACUUUCUCGGCUGGGUUUUAACAAUCGCUGCCUGUGCUUCAAUUGCCACCGGACUUACCUUCUCUGUGGCCAUUUUGACUCAUCCCGAAUAUGUGGUCGGAGGGCGAUGGCAUCUAUUUCUCGUCUACGUGGGCUGGGUGCUUGUUGCCUGGCUGGUCAACCUGUACCUCCUCGGGUUACUGGAUAAGAUCGAAAACGUCGGAUUCAUAAUCAAUGUUCUAGGAUUCGUGGGGUUUACUAUCGCUUUACUUGUGAAAGCACCAAAGUCAAGCGCCAACUUAGUUUUCGUGGAUGUGAUCAAUGAGACUGGUUACUCGAGUUCCGCAAUAGCCGUCGUGCUCGGCUUAUACAAUAGCCUCAUCUCCUUUGUUUGCCUGGACGCAGCAUGUCACUUAGCUGAAGAAGUGAAGUCACCUACGAAAGAAGUACCAAAGAUCCUGUGGAUUACUUGGGCAUCUCAGUCCAUAGUCGGAAUUGUUUGGAUCAUGGUGAUUGGAUUUAGCAUCAAAGAGCUUGAUCCUGUCAUCAAUACGCCUACCGGAGUUCCGGUAGUCGAGCUUAUGCGCCAAUCACUCUCCAGUAACGGAGCAGCGAUUGCUUUCAAUAUGAUCCUGCUUAUCAACUAUGUGAUGGCUACUACUGCUGCAACGAUUACGUCUAGUCGACAAGGAUAUGCCCUUGCUCGAGAUGGCGGGCUGUUUUUCAAGCACAGUUUAACCAAAGUCGAUCAGAAAUUGAAGGUUCCAACACUAUCUGUCUGCCUUGCUUCCUUCGUCGCAAUUCUGGUUGGCAUUGUGUAUUUGUUUUCCACUCAAGGAUUCAAUGCAAUAUUAGGUGCCGGGGCGGGCUUCAUGCUUCUGAGCUAUUCAUCCCCCGCAUUGAUGAUGCUGAUCUUUGGCCGGAAAAAUCUACCGAAGACCCCAUACAGCUUGGGACGAUACGGAUAUUUCCUCUGUGUUAUAUCUGUGAUAUACAGCUUAUUCGCAAAUGCUAUUGUACUGAUCCCAGGCGCAUCCCCAGUCACUGCGAAAGAUAUGAACUAUACCUGUCUGCUCUACGGUAGCUUUUUUAUCCUUAUUAUUGCCAAUUGGAUUUUUGAUGCUCGCAAGUCCUAUCGCCCUCCGUCUAUUGGUGAAUUUUUGGAGGCGGUGGUCCCAGAAGACGAAGAGCAGAUUUGCGACUUGGCUGGGCGAAGUGAGAUUGAAGACCGGGGGAGUGCGAUUGUACAAACUGUAUAG